AUGAUAAACUCUUUAUUUAUUGUAAAUGUCUCGGGAGACAUUGUCCUAGAGAAACAUUACAAAACUGUCAUUCACCGCUCGAUCUGUGAUUAUUUCUUUGACUCUCAGAAGAAGACCGAACGAUUUGAAGAUGUUCCUCCAGUUAUAGCUACUCCCCACCAUUAUUUAUUCAAUAUUUAUUUCAACAACUUGUAUUUAAUAGCUGUAACGAUCAAUGAGAGUAAGUUUUUGUUCUUUUUGUUGAAAGUUUAGAUAAAUUGUUACCUAAAAUAUUGAAAACAGGCAGUAUUGUUUUUGUAAAGACAAGGAGUAGUUUUUUUACACUGUUUUAGCUCCACCUCUUUUGGUAUUCGAAAUUCUACAUCACAUGGUAGCUGUCUUCGCUGAAUACUUUGAUGAAUUCUCGGAUACGACUAUCAAGGAGAACAUUGUGACAGUAUUCGAGUUACUAGACGAGAUUCUGGACAAUGGGUAUCCUCUGACGACAGAGCUGAAUGUACUGCAAGAUCUUAUCAAGCCUCCCAACUUUAUCAGGUCUAUAACUAACCAAGUAACAGGGAAGACUAAUGUUUCUGAAAACCUGCCUACUGGAACAUUGUCUAACGUGCCGUGGAGAAGAGCUGGAGUCAAGUAUGCCAAUAACGAAGCCUACUUUGAUGUUAUAGAAGAGAUUGAUGCCAUAAUUGAUAAGCAAGGACAAACAGUGUCAGCGGAAAUUCAAGGAUACGUAAGUUUUACCCGUUAACUUUUGAAAAAUUGAUGUAUCUUUACAAUGUGGUAGUAUAAUCUAAACGAGUAUGCCGUUUUAAACGUAUAUUUUAGAUCAAUUGUUGUUGUAAGUUAAGUGGAAUGCCGGACUUGACCAUGACAUUGAUGAACCCUAGGAUAUUGGAUGAUGUGUCAUUCCACCCUUGUGUACGAUUCAAGAGAUGGGAGAAUGAAAGGCUAUUGUCUUUUGUGCCUCCAGAUGGAAAUUUCAGGCUAAUUUCAUACCACAUUGGAUCUCAAAGGUAAGAAAGAACGCUGUUAUAACAUCAGCUUAGGCGUUAUUAUUUGGUACAUUCACAAGCUUAAUAUUUUAUUUUAGUAUGGUAACAAUACCACUGUACGUUCGUCAUCUGAUCUGUUUGAAGAGUGGAGGAAGAUUAGAACUUACAGUAGGGCCGAAACAGAAUGCAGGCAAGAUGCUGGAGGAGGUGGUGCUGGAGAUGAGUAUGCCCAAACAAGUUCAGAACUGCAAUUUGGUAGCAUCUCAGGGAAAGUACUCGUACGAUCCCACCACCAAGCUUCUCCAAUGGACAGUUGGGAAAGUGGAGCCAGGGCGACCUCCUACUCUUAAAGGAACGGUAAGUUACUGUAGAAAAGGUCAUAAAAAAAUAUUUCCAAUAUGGGUGUGCUAUAGUAAGUAAAAGAUAAUUUUGAAAGGCUUUCUAUAAUAAAAUUAAUUUCAGGUAUCAGUAACAGGAGGUAUCCAAGUCGAAAGUCCUCCCAUCGACGUUAAAUUCAGAAUCAACCAAUUCGCGGUUUCUGGCCUUAAAGUCAACCGGUUGGACAUGUACGGAGAAAAGUACAAGCCUUUCAAAGGCGUUAAAUAUGUUACUAGAGCAGGGAAGUUCCAGAUACGAACAUGA